AUGGCUCAGCCUUUCCUCCCAAGCACUCCUUCCUCUUCCUACCAUGGGAGCCAGAGCGACAAGCUCAGCCUUAGCCGUACACGGAGCAGCACCAGCAAUGGGCGGGUUCACAGGCAGAGUAGCCACCAGCAACAGAGGCAGCUGCAGCAGAAGCAGCAUCGCAAGAAGAAGAAGCAGCAACCGUCCCCGCCGCCGAAGCCUCCGUCCUCGUGGGAGCAGCUCAAGAGCUUACUCACCUGUCGAAUCGUCGGGUUGACUCAGGUCCACGACCCCUCCUCCGCCGCCGCCGCUGGCGGAACGGCGAAGAACGGCUCCAAGUACUCCAAGCUGGGCUCAUCCUGCACCAGCAUCUGCACCUUCAAGGAUGUCGUUCACUGCAACACACGAGCCAUCCACCACCGGGGAGACCACGACGCUUUCCCAGACAGCUGCAGCACCGCCAGCGGGACCCUCGGCUCCGAGAUCGGCCUCCUCCCCGCCCGCAGCAUCUCCCGGCACAAAAACCUCUCCGGCAGCGGGGGCUACUCCGCCGCCACCUCGUCCUCCAGAGGUGGCUUGCAGCUGAGGAAGCUCUCCGGGUGCUACGAGUGCCACGCCAUCUCCGAACCCCGGAGGUAAAUUAAUCGCACGGCCAAUUCAAACCCGUUAGAGGAUGAACAUUCUGCAGUCAUCAGAAUCAAAUAUCGGAUUAUUUAGUCGUCUGAUGGCGGGCGAACCAGGUACCCCACGCCGAGGACCAUAUGCUCGUGCCCGGAGUGCGGCGACGUGUUCACCAAGGCGGAGAGCCUGGAGAUGCAUCAGGCCAUCCGGCACGCAGGUACCUGCCGGUUCACCUCCCUUUGCUUUCUGGGACGCCGCAUUUCCAUCCCCAACAGAGGAAGAGGCUACCUCAAGAUGUUGUGAAGGGGGGGUGGGGAGGGGGGGGGGGUUGUCUUGAGUGUGGCUUGAGAGUUCUCUCUGUUCAGAGAGGGACAAGGGGAGGCCCUCGUUUUGACUGUUCCAGAUGAAGAUUGGUGACGACGGCUUACUUUCUGCACCCCACCCAGCCUCCACUCGCUGCCGACGUCGCUAGGUUCUUGUUCGGUUUUAUCAGCUAGGCGGAGGAGAAAGUCUAGAGCCGCUACCUGUUGCAUUUCCAUAGAUUUUCCAUAGAUUCUGUGUUUGGUGUGAGACUAUUAUCUUCCACGGACCGAGAGGCCGCUCCUGUCUGUCUCUUAUAGAUUUCAAAAGUCUUCUCUUGCUGCCACUGGGCGGUAAAGCUCCAGAUCCUACGACGGGGUAGGGACGAUUUGAUGCUAUCCCUUAGUUUACGCGACCGUCAAUUAUCAUCAUCUGCCUCUAUCGUGUGGAGUAGAACAAGGGCCAGCACAGAACAAUUGCCAGUGAAAUAAUGGAGAAGGGAUUUUGGUUGCAGUGUCGGAGCUGGGGCCCGAGGAUUCGGGGAGAAACAUCGUAGAGAUCAUCUUCAAGUCCAGCUGGCUUAAGAAGGACCAGCCCCUCUGCAAGAUCGAGCGCAUUCUCAAGGUCCACAACACCCAGAGAACCAUCACCCGCUUCGAGGACUACCGCGACUCAGUCAAAGCGCGCGCCGCCGCCGCCCUCCUCCAACUCAACGCCGCCACCGCCAGGCACGGCGGAGCGGGGAAGAAGAACCCCCGGUGCGCCGCCGACGGCAACGAGCUGCUCCGCUUCCACUGCAGUGGCCUCAGCUGCAGCCUCGGCGCACGGGGCUCCACCAGCCUCUGCUCUUCCUCGUCGUUGUCCUCUCCAACGCCUUGUGGCGUCUGCACCAUCAUCCGGCACGGGUUCGCUCGAGCUCACCAUGAGCCCGGGAAAGGUGUUCGGACCACCGCCAGCAGCGGGAGGGCCCACGACUGUUGUCUGCGGGCCAGCGGCCAUGAACCAGACGGUGGCCUGGGGAGGAGAGCCAUGUUAGUUUGUCGUGUCAUCGCCGGGAGAGUCAGGCCGGUGGGCGACGAAGCGGCGGCGGCGCCGCCCGACGAGACCGGCUCCUCUUCCUCCGCCGCCUUCGACUCGACAGCGACGGUGCAGCACGGAUACUCCGACGGCGCGGCGGCGGGUGGGGCGUGCCCGAGCCUCGAAGAGCUCUUCGUUUCCACUCCCAGGGCCAUACUGCCCUGCUUUGUGGUUAUCUACCGGGUCACCGCCUGA